AUCUGUGAGCACUUAUGACAGUAGUCGUUGAACAUAUCGCGCCCCAAAAUAUAUCGCAUGUUUUUUUCAGGACUUUGCUCAUCUUCUGCAGCCUUGUUGAGUCGUGCGACCUCUGUCACGUCGGCAAGACGCUUAGCAUCUGGCGACUCUGGUUUGGCGAGAUCAUAUUUUCGAUAGAACUCAGAAGUAUUAGCUUCUCUGCAAUUUCUGCCCCACGAUGGCAACGCCGCGUGCCGCCCAGAAGUUUCAUCGGUCCAGAAAGGCUCGGUUCCUCGUUCCCGGUUAUAUCGAGCCACAUCGUCAAUGACUUGGUUAUGACGCUCCACCGCCUCCUCGGUUCUAAGACGUUCGGCUUCUGGGGAUAGUGGUUCUGUGAGGCGACGAUAUGCUAGGGACCCGAUGUACCCGAUCUCGAAGCCAAUUGUGAAUCUCCAAAGUAAUUGGGGCAGACAUCUGCGGGGAGUUGAGCGAGCAUGCUGCAUUUUGAAAGAAGUAUCUCUGUCGUUGGUGGCUGUGUGGAUUAGGUCGAC